GGAGUAAGCUCGAAGGAUGUGAAGAUUGUAGAUGAAGUAAUAGGAUAUUUGAUUGAGUUCAUUAUUGUUACGUUUGUGAAUUUUUUUUUUUUUUUUUUUGAGAUGUUUAUAAGCUAUAUUUUGUUGAUAUGCCGAUUAGAUUUUGGUAUGAGGACAACGUAAUUAUUUUGGUCCUCUAAUGAUUGUUUUUGUUUUCUACCUUAAUGAUAUUCGUCUUUAUGCAAUGAGUGAGGUUUUUAAAUAUUGAUGUUGAAUGAAUUAAGACAUUUUUAUCUUUAAAUAUGAGAAGACUUUAAUAGUAGCAUUGAAAAAAAGGCCAGAAUAUUUAUAAUCCCUAGCCACCAUCUUUAUUGCCACAUUAUCUUAGGUGAUUUUUCUUGACUUACAAGGUCUUAAUUUUGCGGCCCUUUUCCCUUCAAUUCAGAGAUUGUCUCCUAAUUCAUGAACAAUAUCUAUUUUCUUUUAGCAUCUUUGCCCAUGGAAUGCCAAUUUUUUGUGUGAUUGUUUUAUCUAUCCUUAUUCCUUUUCACGAAGUAAUUUUCUAUGCUUUUCAUCUAUUAAUUAUUCAGAGCUGUUUAGUAUUAUGAUUUCUACAAUCCUUUUAUGCCUCAAAAUCUUCUUCUGACAACUUUUUUUUCUCUUCUAUGACACUGCAUAUUGUCCUUCAUUGACCCUUUGAAUCAUGGACUAUUCUGUUGUCUAAGCCUCUAAUAACCUUUGGCCAUGUUUGUUUGGAUGGACAUGGGCUUAGGAUUGGAUUAAUAGUCCAAGAAAUCUAUUAAUCCGCUGUUUGGUUAAAAAAUUGAAGUAUGAAUUAAUAAUCCUUUCGGAUAUGAUGUCCCACAUUUGAUGGACUAUUCAAUCCUACAAAGAGGGGUGGGAUAUAAAUUGGGAGAUUAGCCAAAGUAUGGACUAACUCAUCAAAUGACCAAAUUAACCCUCACUAUAUAUCAUAUUUGUUGAUUAUUUGAUUCUACAACCUUCACUUCUUCGACAUUACUGUGAUGAGAUGAGAGUCUUCAAAGUUCAUCACCGAGCUUGAGCCACUGAUCACUGAUUUGGAGCCAUCAUUUACAAAUCUAGAGCAACUGUUCAUCGAUUUGGAUCCACCAUUUGUUGAUUCACUGAUCUCAACAAAUUUCAGCAUGGAUAGUGAAGUGUCUAGUUCUCAUAAAAAAGUAAAGGAGAAAGUUGAUUCGUCAAAACCAAGGCGAUUGUGGAGCCCACCAGAAGAGCAAUGUCUUAUUAAUGCCUUGAUGCACAUUGUCAACAAUGGAAUGAAACAGGACAAUGCCUUCAAGGCCGGCUACCUUAUGAAAUUAGAGGAGAAAUUGUUGGAGAUGCUACCUGGGACAAACCUUCGCGGCACUCCCCACAUCGAAUCAAAGAUAAAGAUAUGGAAGAAGCACUACAACUGUGUAGCGGGAAUGCUUGGUACUAGUGGUUUUGGAUGGAAUGACACCAAAAAAAGAAUUGAUGUUGAGAGUGAUAGUGUCUGGGAAGCAUAUGUUCGGGGAAAUGCUCAGAGACCGGAAGUGCGUGUAGUCACAUGGAACAAUGAUGAGCUUGCAACAGAUGCACUACCUGUCCAUGGCUUUGACCAUUACAAGGCAAAGGAUUAUGCCCUUGCUCAUGCUCUAUUCUCAGGUAGCAACUAUGCAGGUGGGCAGUGGGCUGCUGGUGAUGAGCCAUUAUACUAUAUUGUAUCCCCAAAGGAUGUAGUUAUUGCAAAACCUAGGGAUACAACAGAUCAUAUUUCUUGGCUUCUUCAACAUGGAUGGCAUGAAAAAGCUUUAGCAGCAGUUGAAGCUGGGCAGGGACGAAGUGAGCUUCUUGAUAAGGUGGGGUCUAGCUAUCAUGAUCAUUUGAUUGUGGAAAGGAAAUAUAUUGAAGCCGCAUCAUUAUGUCCCAAAUUGUUGCGAGGAUCGGUUUCAGCAUGGAAAAGAUGGGUUUUCUACUUUGCUCAUCUUCAUCUGCUUCUUGUAUUGGUUCCAUACAUACCAACUGAAAACCCAAGGUUACAUGAUACUGCUUAUGAGCCAUAGAACCUCAGCUUAAUA